AAUUUUUUAUUGCCUUUGUAAACUUUAAGAAUACCACUACUAAUUGUAAGGACUUAUUGCCAUGAUCCUCCCCUAAUCGAAUGUAAACAGGCAAAAUCUCUUCAUAAUCCCACAGCUUAACUGCCCCAAGCCAAAGUUUACAUAAAAACCAAGGGUUUCGCCCACCGCGCGGGCGUAAAUCAAUCAAAAAUCAUUUACAGGUGCCUCAAUCCCCCGCAAUCAGCCCACUGAGUGAGCUGUAUCAUAACACAAUCAGUUUGGGUAUCGGCAUCAAUUACCAAUUAUAACCUGACAAUAAAAUCGCCAAGUGUCCGCAUAAAGAGCCCAAAAGCCACACACACAGCUGCCAAUCUAUUCGCUUUAGCGGUCUCUCUCCGACUAUUUUUAGUUGCACUUGCCUUCUGUUUUUAUUUAUUUUUUCAUUUUUUUUACUUUGCUCAAUAUUAGUGUCAAGGUGCAGCCAGUGCACGGAGCGAAAGAGACGGGGACAGCGUCUCAGACAGAGACGGCAACAGUCGGGCCAAAAGAACAAGUCAAGAAAACGCAAAAGAACCCCGAAAAGGGGCAGCGGGGAAACCCCUUUUCUUGGCGGCGGCGACGACAUCGCGAGAAAGCAACACACGAAAAGGUGGCUAUCAAAAAAUAAUAGCAACAGCAAAUGGGCGAGGAGCCGCGGUGCAUUAGGGGGUGGCAAGUGAGAGGGGCCUCCCCGCGACUUGUCACAUCGAACAGAAAGAAAUUGAAUUUAUGUCUUGGGUGGGACGACGCUGUGGGCUGUGGGCUGCCUUCAAUGACAAUUAGGCUGCUAAACCGCGGGUCUCUAUAUACGCCAGCGCUAACGGUAAAGCUAUAGCCACGGCUAACGGUAACGUAACGCAAGCGAGGCGCGUGUUUCGCUCGGAAGCCCUCAGCCAGCGGCAAUUGCACAUAAGUUGCAACAAGCAAGUAACAACAACGACAGCAAGAAAAAACGUAACAAAAAGGUGGAAAAACAAACAACGCAACAUUGUAAGCGGGCUGAAAGGCGUUGCCAGAUUGUUGGCCCACAACAGCAGCAACAACAACCACAACGGCAACAACGCCACAACAAUAGCCCAAAGGGCCAAAUGAACGUUGUUGGCUAGUCCGUCUGUCGCCCGCUUGGUGGCGCUAGCAGCAGAACAACCCGCCCAAACAACUACAACUACAACUGCUGCCACUGGAAAUCCUGUCGCUAAUUAGCGGUCUGGCAUCGUGUGCACUUAUUCGGACUCAAGGCGAUAGAGGACUCCAUUGAACUGGCUGCCAAGUUAAAUUCGUUGCCGUAACAUGGGCUGCGUCUUUGAAGCGGCCAAAGAGCAGCAGCCCCACAAACCGAGAAGCAAGCAACUGAGGCGCAACCAAUGCCGUGGCAAGGCGGCAGCGGGGACCAGAGGCAAGGCCGCUGUCAGAGCGAGCGAGAAACCAGCUGAGGACAUCAGAAUCAAGGAUAACUAUCAACAAAACCGUAAAACGCAAACCGAAACACAAACAGAGGCAGAAGUGCAAGUAGAAUCGGAGGCAGAAUCAGAAGCCCAAACACAAUCAGAGGCCGAAACUGUGCCCGAACAUCUAAAAGCGACGGCUCAAGUGCUUUUAACGAUACGGCAGGCACGUCAGGAGAACGGCAAGCACGGUAGUCAAGUGGCUGAAACGCACAAGGACGAAGGCGCGAAGGACGCGUUGGCGACGACGCAAGGAUCCAUUGUCGAUACGACGCCCAGAAUCGGAAUCGAUAUUGCGGCAACAGCGACGCAAGCCGCCGAGCGGGAUGAGGACGAGCAGCACCGGCAGCAUCACACUGUCCGCCGGCGGAAGCGCCAGGACCCAGCGAAUCCUGCCAGCGUCUCGAAGCCACCAGCUGCCAUUAAUGGCACCUCAGCACUAUCCCUGCAUUUCCAGGCCCUCGCCGCCCUAGCGAAAACGCUGCAGAAGGAGGACGACGACGAGGACGCGGAGGAGGAGAGUUCUGGCCAGGAUCGCCAGCCAAUAGCCUACCGGCCGUGGCAAGGGCAUCCGUAUGCCGAGAGCCAGCUGCCCGCCACCAUGUCAGCGGCUAUCAUUGCGAAUGUCAGCGCCACGGCGGCGGCCACCUCGGCGGCAGCCUUCCAGUACCUCGGCCAGCACUACAAGCACUACAGCCAGUCGAUCAGCUUCUACGCCGCCUCCAGCGUCCUCCUGAUGCUCUGCUAUCUGACCACCGCGUCCACGGCAGCCGCCACGCAGUCGGAGACGGGUGCCCUCGACAAGCAUCCCAUUCAUGGCAUCGAUUGGUCGAAAUUCGAUGAGUCCAGUUCGGACAAGGAGAUAUUAGAUUUACUGCUUGAGAAGAAGCGCUACGACAAACGAUUACUGCCGCCGGUAAAUGAUGAAGACUUUUGCUGUGGCUUGCAAUCGCCCGAUAUGGCAACUAAUCAAAAUGCACGGAGACCACACAAUCGGGGCACUCUGACGGUGAACGUGAACGUGCUGCUCCUGAGCUUAGCAUCGCCCGAUGAAAGCAGCUUGAAAUACGAGGUGGAAUUUCUGCUCAACCAGCAGUGGAACGACCCGCGACUGCAGUAUGGCAAUAAGUCUCAUUACGACUUCUUAAAUGCUCUGCACCACCAUGACAGCAUCUGGACACCGGAUACGUAUUUCAUUAUGCAUGGCGACUUCAAGGAUCCCAUCAUACCAAUGCAUUUCGCUUUAAGAAUAUUUCGGAACGGGACCAUUACGUACGCAAUGAGACGUCAUCUGAUCUUAUCCUGCCAGGGAAGUCUUCACAUAUUUCCAUUCGAUGAUCCCAAGUGUUCCUUCUCCAUGGAAAGCAUUUCCUACGAGGAGGCCCAAAUCAAAUACGUCUGGAAGAACGAUGAGGACACUCUGCGGAAAAGUCCGUCGCUGACCACACUAAACGCGUACUUGAUCAAGAAUCAAACAACGGCCUGCGACCAGAACAGCUGGAGAGGGAACUACAGCUGUCUUAGGGUCGAUUUAAUCUUUACCAGAGAUCGUGCAUUCUAUUUCACCACCGUUUUUAUACCCGGCAUUAUAUUGGUGACGUCGUCCUUUAUAACCUUCUGGCUAGAAUGGAAUGCAGUGCCAGCUAGAUCGAUGAUAGGUAAUUACAGUUGCCUACAGGUCGAGUUGACCUUUACCCGUGAUCGUGCGUAUUAUUUUACAACCGUUUUCAUACCUGGCAUUAUAUUGGUCACCUCGUCGUUUAUCACAUUUUGGCUGGAGUGGAAUGCAGUCCCAGCCCGGGUUAUGAUCGGCGUGACAACCAUGCUGAAUUUCUUCACUACCUCGAACGGUUUCCGGAGCACCCUGCCGGUUGUUUCUAACCUGACGGCGAUGAACGUGUGGGACGGCGUCUGCAUGUGCUUCAUCUACGCCUCCCUGCUGGAGUUCGUCUGCGUCAAUUACGUGGGGCGGAAGCGGCCCCUGCACAACGUCGUCUACCGGCCCGGCGAGAAUCCCGUAACACAGCGUCUUCCAGCAGUACUAAGCAGGAUCGGAGUAAUUCUUGCAAGUCCUUUGGCAAGCGCCGCCGCCACGCCGGCCAUGUCGAUGAUGGGCGGUGCCACGCCCAUGUCCGCUGGCACCCCGGCCGCCUCCUCCUCGGUGGCCACGCCAGGCACCCCCAGGACCACCGAUCCGGAGGAGUUCUUCGGCGGGGGCAUGCGCUGGCAGGAGGCUCACGGCGGGAUCAUUGGAGCUGCUGUUCAGAAUCUGCGAGCACGCUCCAUAAAGAGGAAAGCGGCCAGAAGUCCGUCCACAUCCACUUCGCCCCAUCCCAGUGGCAGACCCACUGAGCAUAUAUACGAGGAGCCCGGCGGAACCACGUCCGGUGUUUCGAGUACCAAGGUGAAGUUCAAGGACGAGCUGAAGGAGGAGGAGGAGCCGGUGACCACCGCCAGCCUGCGACGGUCGGUGGCCACCAGCACACCGGCCUUGGUGGUGAGGAUCGAGGCCGAGACCGAGACCGAGACCGACCUGGAGGCGGAAGCGAAGCCAGCCCAGGAUGUGGAAACCACAGAGCGUCAGUUGACCAUGCCGCUGAAGCCGCCUCGCCGGAAGGCCUCGCGCUCCAACUCCCCAGCCUCCGUCUAUGGCGACGCGUUCGAAAAUGUGGAAACUACAGGCGAGAAGCGACGAGACGCCGGGGCCCCGAACGAAAUUGUGGCAUGCACCACCUGCGGCGGCAGCAACAGUCCGUGCACCCAUUCGGCGAACAAUGGCUGUGCCACGGAGACCUGCUUCGUCCAAGUGCGUAAAAAGGAGCCACCUCAUCCGAUUCGAGUGGCCAAGACGAUCGAUGUCAUCGCUAGAAUUACAUUUCCAACUGCUUAUGCCAUUUUUCUGAUAUUCUUCUUUGUACACUAUAAAGGAUUUUCGUAAAAUUAAGCAUAAAACACUAAAAGUAAUGCGUAACAUACAUAUAUAGAUACUUGAACACGCUAAUUGCCGAAGCGAAGCCAGAGUAAAAGUAAUUUGUAGAGCAACAUGCAACCGACGUGGAAACUCAUUUGCUAAGUUCUAGGGCCUUGCAAAGUCAUCUAAUUUUAAUGUAACAAAGGGAAACACAAAGUACAUCUAAUUACUCAUUAACGAUUAUUUAAAUGGCAACAACAUGACAAAACCAGUGAUAAAAACGUCAAAAUGAAAAACUAGUUUAAACUGAGUUGUUAACGGGAAAGCAAAAUGAAUAAGUUGUUAAUUAUUAAUAUUUACGAAGGUUAAAUUUAUGCAAAUGAGCAAACAUACGAAAGAAACAUUUUCGACUGCCUUUUUUAAAAAUAGUAGAAACAAACCAAAAAAACGAACCUUAAAUUAAAUUUGCAAUUUUUGCAUACGCUCGAUAAUGCAUUAGUUAAUUAUACCAACCAAAGAACACUGUCUAGCAAUUGUAAUAUAUAAUAUUUAAACAAUUUAUUAAGCAAAGAAAUUCAUGCUGAACGUACCAAAACACGAUCCAAGAAGAUAAAAGACCUAGCCUAUAAUUAUGAAGUAUGAAACGCAAACCAAACAGCUUUAAGGCUUUACCUAUUGAGUAGUCGGAAGAUGCAAACCUGUUUAUACACAUAUACAUAGAUGUUAUAUAUUUACAAACAGCUCUAGUCAAAUAUUAUGAAAUUAAAACCCAGUUCUGUUCCACUCAAUUCAGUGAGUUGAAAUGCCUCCGCAUAUGUCAAAGAGUAAACCGAACACACAAAUUGUUAAUCAUCACACAGAUUUUUACGUUAUAAUGUACUGUAUAUAAUAUUUAUUUAAAUGUUUAGUUCGACUCCGUUUAUUUUUCAAUAAAUGUUCGAUAAUUAAAGCAAAUAUGAUUUUAUCGCAUCACAUAAAUUCAUAGAAAAUGAACCGCCGCAAAGUAGACCACAGUAAAAGCUUUCCUAAACUAAAAUUCAGGUGAAAUAAAAACACAGAACAAUUUGGUUUUAUAAGAAUGUAUUUAGCAAAAAUAGUUCACACACAACAUUUCCUACACCUUCAGAGACUCAUUUUAUUCAAUCCAUGAACGCCUUUUUAAGUAGCAGCAGGAAUUGCCUAACAACUUUUAUUAAAAUACAUAUCAAAGCUCAUAGAAGAAACAUAAACGAAAGCUAUCUAAAAUAUUUACAAGAAUAUAUGACAACAAACUUUAUAAAACUCUCAUAAGUAGCUAUGAAACAUAUGCCAACCCAACUAUAAACUCACAAAACUAACACCCAAGUAUUUUAGAUAAAAUGUACGUCGACAAAUGCUCUGCUGGCAUUUGUAGGACAAAUAAAAUAUAAAAAAACCAAUGAAGCACGACCUAAUUCAAACAAACUAAACCCUAAACCAAAUUUAAACCUUGUGAUAAAGUACACAAAAAGAAACCUAAAUCUAAACGAACCUUUGCAUACGAAAUUUUAUUGAAAUUAAUUGAGAGCAGGUUAUUGAGGGCCACAGUUACCAAUUGUUUAAAGAAUAUUACCUUUUAGAACAGUACGCGUAUACACAAAAUGCUUUUUGCAAAUAAAUAAAUUUAUGAAUUUAGAGAUUUGUAGAUUUUUGGGAAAUUUUCUUUUCGCCAUUUUGCAAGCUCUUCGCAAUUAUUUCUCGUUGAACAAAAACAUAUAUAACUAAACAACCACAAAAAAGAAAAGAAAACACAAAGACAAGGACAAUCUUUUUGCAAUUUACAAAAACGAAAAAGUUAAUUAGAAAAAAGGAAGUGAUUAGUAAACUUUCGAACCAGCAAUGCCGAAUAAUUUUGAAUCCUUUUGUAUAAUUAGCUGCUUAUAUAGAACACGGAAUACACAAAAACUGAACUCCAAAUCCAUCGCGUCCAAGGAUAAAUAUUUUUGUUGCGGAUUAAUAGUCGAGGGUACGAAAUGUGAGUGGAACUUGCUGAAUAUGUGGCCAAUAUAAGGAAUGUACAAAUAAAAUACGGUGAAGAUGGACCCUUAGAAACUAUAUUCGAUUCGUUUUUUGAACAGCUUAACCACGUAACUCUGUUAAAUGUUAGUUAGCAAUCUAUUUGGGUGAAGGUGCCUUCUUUUAGAGAGUUAAAAACCAAUUAAUUGCUUAGAUGGUUUCAAGCGAAACACAGUUUGAGUUCUUAUGGUGGGAGCCCGACCCAUGUGCCCUAUAAAGAUUUCAGUUCGGGAUUGUUUUAACUCCUCACAAGCUACACUGCUGAUAAAACAAAGUAGAAGCUAACCAAAGACCAGUAACAUUAUGGAAAUGUAUUUAACUGAAAUAGAUCUAAAGCAAAGCCAUAAAAGUUCACACUUAAAAAAGAAUUAAUGAAUUUAGCAAAAAGAGGAUUAAUAAACAAAAAAUAAUGUUCAAAUGCAUUAAAAAUCUGUAGAUAUACUCAUGAAUAAUGUGAGUUAAGUGCAAAUUGCAAACACUUUUGAAAUUCUCAAUACCCAAAGCUUUAUAAUUUGUAAAUGCCAUGAACGGAAUGUAAAUAAUAAUUCAAGACAUUUAGUAGUUAAAUCAUUUUAUCGAUAACCUUUAAAUAAUUUCCUUACAAGUAAUAUUUGCUAAAUCUUCGAAAGUCAAACUGAAAUGUUUGCUAGAGAUUUGUUAAAAAAUAUAUAAAAAAGUUAAAAAAAAAGAAAAUGUUGAGCCAUUUCACAUACGAGUAGAUUUCUUAAAGAUCAAUUACAAAAACAAAAACUCCACAAUGCUACGAAACGUAAUAAUUAUAAUAUGAACUUUUUUAUAAUGCACAACCUUGAGCAUAACGAAAACCAAUUUAUCAACAUUGCAUUCCCAAUCGAACAUCAUGUAAAUACACCGAGUACAUAAACCAAGUCAACACUUAGUUAUAAACGAGAAAACAUUUGAAUAAAACGAUAAAUUGGAAAACUACAAACGAAAAAACCAGAAAACUAAUAAAGCAGCUUCGCAUUAAUAAAGAUCGUCUCAAUCAGAAAACGAAUAACAAUUAUUAAACAAA